AUGGGUUCUAUUGCAGGAAAUGAUAAGCCCCAUGCUGUAUGCAUACCAUAUCCAGCACAAGGUCACAUAAACCCUAUGCUCAAACUCGCCAAGCUUCUUCACCACCAAGGAUUCUACAUAACCUUUGUUAACACAGAGUUCAAUCACAAACGCUUGCUCAAGUCCCGUGGCCCCACCGCCCUUGACGGGCUGCCGGAAUUCAGAUUUGAGACUAUUCCCGAUGGCCUCCCGCCAUCUGAUGCCGACGCCACUCAAGAUAUCCCAUCACUAUGUGAAUCUACAACUAAAACUUGCUUGGCCCCUUUCUGCAGCCUGCUGGCGAAGCUCAACAACGCUGCACCGGAGAUGCCUCCCGUGACCUGCAUAGUGUCUGAUGGCGUCAUGAGCUUCACUCUCAAGGCGGCUGAACAAUUUGGACUUCCGGAAGUGCUGUUCUGGACUACGAGUGCUUGUGGUUUCUUGGGUUACACGCAGUAUCCCCAUCUUAUCGAAAGAGGCUACACUCCUUUGAAAGAAAUGAGCCAGGUAAUGAAUGGUUAUUUGGAAACAACCAUUGAUUGGAUUCCAGGAAUGAAGGAUAUCAGAUUGAGGGAUCUUCCUUCCUUUCUUAGAGCAACAGAUUCAAAUGACUUCAUGCUUAAUUUCGUGUUACAAGAAAUUGAGGCCGUUUCCAAAGCCAGAGCAAUAAUAUUGAACACUUUCGAUGCCUUAGAGAACGAUGUUUUGGAUGCACUCUCAUCUAUAAACCCGGUCAUUUACUCAGUUGGUCCUCUGCAACUGAUGAUGAAUCACAUUCAGAAUGAAAAGCACACAUUGACCAGCUCAAGUCUGUGGAAGGAAGACUUAGAAUGUAUUAAAUGGCUGGACAAAAAAGAACCCAAUUCAGUAGUAUAUGUGAAUUUUGGGAGCAUCACUGUGGUAACAGCGCAGCAGCUAACUGAAUUUGCAUGGGGACUUGCCAAUAGUAACAAGUCAUUUUUGUGGAUAAUCAGGCCUGAUUUAGUUGCCGGUGAUUCAUCAAUGUUGCCACCAGAAUUUGUGACGGAGACGGAAGAUAGAAGCAUGUUGAUUAGCUGGUGCCCGCAAGAAGAAGUUCUGAAACACCCAGCAAUCGGAGGGUUCUUGACACACAGCGGGUGGAAUUCAACUUUAGAAAGUAUAGUAGCUGGAGUGCCUGUGAUCUGCUGGCCUUUCUUUGCUGAGCAACAAACAAAUUGCAGGUACUGUUGUGUGGAAUGGGGUACGGGAAUGGAAAUAGACAAUAAUGUGAAGCGAGACGAGGUGGAGGAGCUUGUGAAAGAACUUAUGGAUGGUGAGAAAGGGAAGAAAAUGAAAGAGAAAGCUAUGGAGUGGAAGAAAAAAGCAGAAGAGGCAACUUCUCCUGGUGGCUCUUCCUUCACGAGCUUUGAAAAACUGGUUAAACUUCUACAAUAA